UAAAAAUCUUAACUGUAGACAAAAACAUGUGGAAGAUCGUAGUGUGUGCAUUAACAGUGGCCUCGUGUUGGCUAACUGUGCAGAGCGCACCACGGAUAGUGAAUGGCACCGGCGUCGACAUCGAGGACUACCCGUGGAUGGCGUCCAUUCAGUUCGAGUACCAGCACAAGUGCGGCGGCAUCAUCAUCAGCGAGACUUGGGUUCUGACCUGUGCAGAGUGCGUACAAAAGUUCGACCCCUCGUAUUACUUCGUACGCGUCGGCACGUCCAUCCGGGAGAGCGAUGGGAUCAUCUACAACGUCACCAAAACCGCCCACAACAGCCACUACAGCUCCACCUCCAUGGACUACGACAUCGGAGCAGCGCAGAUUCUGGGCACCUUCACCUUCAAUGAGAAAAUUCAGCCCAUUCCGCUGACGACUGUGGAGCCUGAGGCCGGCACGCUGGUGACCAUAACUGGCUGGGGCACAGUCUGGAACGGCGGGUACCUGGCGGAUCAGCUGCAAAUGGUUCAGCUCUACAUCGUGGACCGGGACAACUGCAGCGCCGCCUAUGACGGGCUGGGCAAGGUGAGCGUCCGCAAGAUCUGCGCCUGGUGGCCGGGCGGCGGCCGCGACCGCUGUGGCCCCGACUAUGGGGGCCCCAUGGUGUUAGAUGGCGUGCUGGUGGGGGUCAUCUCCUCCUGGGGCAACGGCUGUGCCCUCCCUGGCUGGCCCAGCGUCUACGCCAACAUCGCCAACGCCGACAUCAGGCAGUGGAUCAAUGACACCACCGGCGUCUAGAGCCUGCUGCUGCUGUUGCGCUUUUCAAGUUGUGACACUCUAUUGUCUUGUUUAUACUAUUUCAGCUUGAGAGGAAUGUAAACAA